ACACAUGUGUAAAUCUAAUUGACGCUCCUCACAAAUCAAUUCCGUUAUCUUCACAGUUCGUCAGAGUAUUUACCUGAUAGUAUAUUACACAGGUAAACACACUAUUUUGAAAUAUACAGUCUCGGAAAUAUUUUCAUAAAUAAAAGAUGGAAAAAGGACAAGGCCAACCUCCACCUUAUCCGGACAACCCACAACAGAAUUAUGGACAACCUUAUCCACCCGGUCAAGGAUAUGGUCAACCUGUAACGCAACCACCACAAGGCUAUGGACAGCCACAGCAAGGAUACGGUCAGCCACCACAGGGUUACGGCGAGCCACCAAAAGGUUAUGGCCAACCACAACAAGGAUAUGGUCCCCCUCAAGGUUACAGUUCUCCACAAGGUUACGGCAUGCAACAACAACAACAACAAUCAACUGUUAUAGUUACAAACCAACCACAGCAAAUGGUCGUUCAUGUAAGACCAACUAAUUAUUUGAUUCCCGCCAUUUUUGCAUGUUUAUGCUUUUGGCCCAUUGGAAUAUGUGCACUUAUAGCGGCAAACGAUGCAAACAGAGCAGCGAACGACGGCGAUUAUGCCUUCGCAGAAACAAAAGCUAGAAAUGCCAGAAAUUUUGUCAUUGCUGCGUUUGUGACGGGAAUAAUUUGUUACGUCAUAGUUAUUGUGGUACGAGUGGUUGUGUAUUCGUCGUACUACAACAGUGGCUACUAAUGACGUUAUAUUCGACUUUCACAUUCAAUAUCAAAGUUCUUAAGUGCCACGUGACAUUUUGUUAAAUAGACAAUUAUGUAUUCACAAUAAAACAUGCCAUUACAGUCAUCUAGUACAUAUUUUCUUAAAAGAACAUUUCGUACUGUAAGAUAAGCAUUAUAUAGGCAUUAUAAUCAGUUCAAAUGUGACCUAUAACAAUUUAUACUGUUUAAAUCGAUACAUAAAUACAUUCGCUUAAAUUCCACUGAAAGUUAAUUAUUAAGGUACAAUGUUAGUAUUUGUGGUUGUUAAUUUUUGCCUCCAUCAAUAUUUAAAUUUCUCCGUUUUGUUAAGUUUUGAUUGGAUUUUUCACACCUAAUCUUUUGAGAAAAAUGGAACAGUGGUUACUUGUUUAUUAACAUUUGAUCCAAUAUAUAAAGAUUUUUAAUUUUACUCGAAACAGUUCCGCAUUGUCUUAUUUUUAUAGUGUUUUGUAUUAUAUUAUUCAGAUUGUCGUAGAUUUGUUUAAGUUGGUUUUGAUAGGUGAUUAUUUUGAAAACCAAACCAAAAUGAUCUUUGGUUUUACCAUUAUUAACUUGAUUUUUUUUAAGAAUGUUAACAAUUUUAUUUAAGUCAUGGAUUCAAGUGAGCUGUGUAAUAAGCUUUUGUUUGUUUUUCAUAGAAUUUAUUGGUUUACCUGUAUCUAUAAUGCAAUAUAAAAUAACAAAAUCAUUUAAGAAGUAUCAAGGAACGACAACGCUUCCACUUUGAGACAAGUUGAACCCAAUAUUAUAUAAAAACAAAAAUAAUACUAAUCUAAAUAAAGAAUAAAAUAGUUUUUAAUCGGGGGAAUGGAAAGUAUUCCACCCAGAGACUGGAUAAUUGAACAUAUAUAGUAUGGGCAAAUAUUUUUUUCAGUUUAUAUAUUUCAAAAUUUGUUUUUGGAAUUGUAUUUUCUAGGGUAAAUUUUUGCAAGCGGGUCUGCCCCAUCUCAAAUGAAAGUCGAAACACUGUAAUUAUUUCACCAAUGAUUUAUAUAGAGUUACGCAUAUUUUUAUAAUAUAACUUUUAAAGAAUGUUGAUAUUGUUACUGUCUCUUCAUCAUUUUUUAAAAUAAAAAAAAAGUAUUAACAACA